AUGAAUAACACAACCUCUUUAUUGGAAAAAUUGGAGAAAUGGAAUAAUGAACUGGCGAGAGGACUAGUCCUAAAUAAUGUGAUUUUGUCCUUAUACAUUACAAUUGGUCUGCUGGGAAAUGUUACAGUUAUUCUUAUUUACGGUUUUAAGAUGAAAGGCAACAAUGAGGAGAGGUAUUUUAUUCCCGUUCUUGCCUUUAUGGAUCUAAUCACAUCCCUUUCUUGUGCUGUCAUCGCAAUAGCUAUGAACAUGACGCAGGUAACAUUCAGUAACACAGAUUUAUGUAAAUUCUUACGGUUUUUUGGAUCGUUCUCUUCUUUUACUUCGGUUCUUUUUCUUCUCAUCAUAGCUGUGCACAGAUAUUUAAAGGUAUGCAAACCUUUUAGAAAACAAAUGACACUUAAAUGGAAAAGACUAGCCCUUUGUUUAGGGGUACUUGUAGCGUUUAUAUUAGCCGCACCAAUGGCUUAUUUUCAUGGAUCAGUGCCCUUCCCAAAUAAGGAAGAAGGAAUCUUUGGUCAACAAUGUAGUCGGUUGAAAACCGUCAAUAAAACAGAAUCUUUGAUUUUUGGAAGUGUUAUAGUUCUUAGCACAGUCUCUGUUAUUGUUGCACUUAUUUGUCUCUACUCUAGAAUAGGAUAUACUAUCCUUAAACAUUUCAAACACAAGAAAACCAUUCGCAAGAAAAAUAGGAAUGCGACCGCUGAAAACCCUCCCAAUAUAAUGGACUGUAACUUACAGGCUGGAUUCUCCAGUGGCGAGAACCUACAUAGUGACUCAGAAAUUGAAGUUUAUUCUAUCGAAGUGGGCAAUUCAGUAACCUCAGCUGCUUCUUCCACUCCCCAAUCUACAGGUACAUUGAUUACUACAACUGGUGUGCCACCUCAAGGAAAUCCAGCUCUGUAUAAGUCAAGUGCAAAACGAAGAAAAGAACAAGCCAACAAGAGAGUCGUCUAUAAGUUUACCCUUAUGUUCAUGCUUAUUACCAUCAUUUUCCUCAUCUGUUACAUCCCAAAGGUCAUCAUCAUGAUGCUAGAAGCGAUGAAUCCCAAAUUUUGGGAGGAAUUUUCAGAUUCUACAAGAGCUGGCAUUUUAUUUGUUUACAGAAUGUACAUCAUAAACAAUGUCGUAAAUCCAUUCAUCUACGCUUUUCUAGACCACCAAUUUAUAGCGGAGAUCAAGGAGUUAUUUAAAAACUGCAAAAUGGCAAACUAG